CUGCAGCGCCACAGAGAACGCCAAAUGUACCUGCACAGUGGGAAAAAAGUGCGCCGAUGAAAACUGCACUCAAUGCGAAGACAACCCUUGUCCAGCUGGCACACAGCUUAAUGAACAAGGUUGUGUGAAAUGUCCUCAUGGAACCUUUAACCCCGGCACGGAAGUCUCCUGCCAGCCAUGGAAAAACUGCUCAGCCAUGGGAGCCAACAUUUAUGUUAAUGGAACCAGUACAUCGGAUGUGGUUUGCCUUCCCAAACUUACAAGGAUUCCAUCCACGUCAUCGGCAGUCACCACAACCCAACCAGAGGAAGUUCCAGCCUAUGGACUCAGUGUUGUUAUAGGUGUAACCUCCGUCAUAGCCAUCAUAUUUGUGUGCAUGGGGAUUUUUUUGUGUCUGUCAAUAAGAUUGGAAAAGAUCAAAAAUAAGUUCAUGAAAGUUAAGCAAAUAGAACAAGAAGAUGCUUGUAGCUGCCAUUACCCAGAGGAAGAACAUGGUGGAGAAGAGGAGACACUGUCUAUAGAACCAUGACACUGCAAACUGAUAUCACAGUCCUUUUUUGCUGGACCGACUGACUUGGCUAGCUGGUCCUUGGGUAUUGUGUUAAAUAAUAAUAUUAGGGAAUAACAAUGUCAACUGUUAGAAGACUGCCUGUGUU